UAGAUUACAUAAUGGGUAAUCUGCCGGAGGCGCGAGUAACUGAAUCUCGACCAUUUACAAACGUCGGCGUCGAUUACUGUGGGCCAUUUUACAUCAAGGAGAAACGAGAGCGCAACCGUCGACAGGUCAAGGUGUAUGUAGCCAUCUUCAUAUGCCUAGCAGCCAAGGCGGUGCACAUCGAACUCGUUGGCGACCUCACGAGCGAAGCCUUCAUUGCCGCUCUUCGUCGAUUCAUCGCACGGCGAGGGUUCUGUUCGGCCCUCCAUUCCGAUAAUGGCUCAAAUUUCAUCGGCGCAAACAACGACUUAAGGGAGCUCUACGAAUUGCUAAAAUCGGACGAUCAUAUCGAAAAGGUAACUACUUUCUUAGCCAACAAGCAAAUCGAAUGGCACUUCAUACUUCCUCAUUCUCCACAUUUCGGGGGACUAUGGGAGGCAGCGGUGAAGUCCUUCAAACAUCACUUCAGACGCAUCGUUGGCAAUGAAUUGCUCACGUUCGAGCAAUUCAAUACACUCGUCAUAGAAAUCGAAGCAGUUCUCAACUCCCGAUCAUUGACACUCAUAUCCACUGACCCCAAGGAUCUCCUCGUCCUCACUCCGGAUUACUUCCUUAUCGGCAAGUCGUUAAUGAGUCUGCGUGAGCGAGAUUUCAGGGACACUCCAUCCAACCGGCUCUCCAGAUGGCAGCAUAUCCAAAAACUCAAACAAUAUUUUUGGAAACGCUGGCACAAGGAAUACCUCAAUCAGUUGAACAACCGCAGUAAAUGGACCAAAGGGGAGUACCUCAAUCAAUUGAACAACCGCAGUAAAUGGACCAAAGGGGAGCACAGCAUACAAGAAGGUACAAUCGUCCCCCUCAGAGAAGACAAUGUCCCAUCGAUGCAUUGGCCCUUGGGCCGUGUAGUCAAGGUCCAUCCCGGAGCCGAUGGCAUAAUACGGACAGCGACUGUGCAGACAUCAUCGAGCCUCCUGGACCGCGGGGUCAAACGGUUGGUCCCCUUGCCAUGUCAUCCAGCUCAAGAUGAGUCCGGACAAUCCCUGACAUCGAAGGAGGUGGAUCAUCCCCUGCCAUGUCAACCAGCUCAAGAUGAGUCCGGACAAUCCCUGACGUCGAAGGGGGUGGAUCACACACCCAUCUAA